CAAGCUCAUAGCAGAUUUCCCCCACCAUGUCCAACGUCGAGGACCUUCUCCGGGAUUUCGAGGACGACGACGAGGAUCUCCAGGUUGGAGACGGCCUGGAAGACGAAAAUGGCAACGAAGAUGACAACAUGGUGGUGGACGAGGAGCAGCUGGCGCAGCCGGCCGCCCCGGAGGUCACCAACGAGUUCGACGUCGCGCUGUCGACGCAAGAUGAACUGACGCGGCUGCACAAGGUCCUACGCGACCACUACUCGAUCCGAUUCCCUGAGCUUGAGACCCUCGUGACGACGCCGCUCGACUACGCGAAGACGGUGGCGAUUCUGCAGAACGGCCCGCUCAACGACAUCAAGGCGCUGUCGACCUCGGCGGAUAACAUGGUUGGCGUGCCGCUCCGGUCGGUGCUCGAUGGGCCGUCGCUGAUGGUCGUGGCGGUGGAGGGCACGACGACGCGGGGCCGCGAGAUGACCGAGUCGGAGCUGAAGGCGGUGCUGGAUACGUGCGAGCGGAUCUUGAAGCUCGAUCGCGAGCGCACUGCGCUGACGGAGAGCAUCCAGUCCCGCAUGAGCCAGAUCGCGCCUAACUUGGCGGCGUUGAUCGGUCCGGAGACGGCGGCGCAGUUCCUCAACCAGACGGGUGGUCUACGCGAACUGGCCAAGAUCCCUGCGUGCAACCUGGGAGCGCAGGGCUCGAAGAGGAAGGAAGGCCUGGGUUUUGCCACGAACCAUGGCAUCCGGGCGCAGGGCUUUCUCUACAAUGCGCCCAUCAUCCAGGAGAUCCCCAACGACCUCAAGCGACAGGCCAUCCGCAUCGUGUCCGCCAAGAUGGUGCUCGCUACCCGCGCUGACGUCUCUAACUACAGUCCUGAUGGCUCCUUGGGCGAGGAACUCAAGCAGCAGUGCUUCCAGCGAUUGGAGAAGUUGACGGAGCCUGCGCCCAACUCCGGUGGGAAGGCGCUCCCCGCCCCCGACGACAAGCCGUCCCGUAAGCGCGGUGGUCGACGGGCCAGGAAGGCCAAGGAGGCCGUCGCCAUGACGGAGCUCCGCAAGGCGCAAAACCGGGUGGCCUUCGGCAAGGAGGAAGCGGAGGUCGGGUACGGCACGGGAGAAGGCACCAUCGGGCUGGGCAUGCUUGGUCAACAGAACGAUGGUCGCAUCCGUGCCACGCAGAUCGACCAGCGAACCCGGGCCAGGCUCAGCAAGAACAACAAGGGAUGGGGCAUCGGGACCCCCGUCAGUGGUACCUCUACCUCUCUACGUGCCUUUGGAGGAGGCCCCGGCACCAGCGGAACGGCCAGUGUUCUUCAGGCCAAGGGCCUCCGGGCUUCUGGCAUUGGCACGUCGCUGGGUGGAUCCGCCGGUACGGCCAGUACUAUCGCCUUCACGCCCGUGCAAGGUUUGGAGCUGGUGGACCCCAAGGUGCAGGCCGAGUUGAACCGCAAACGCAAGGCCGAGGAAGACCGCUGGUUCAAGUCUGGAACCUUCACCCAGUUUGGCGGACAGCAGACUCCUAGCAACGCUCAAUCUCAAGGGGAGAACGGCGGAUUCAAGGUUCCGGCCAUGCCUCCGAACAAGAAAGUCAACACCGGCGAAGGCAAGAUGGCACCGCCUCCCCGCCCUUGAAGCGGUAAAGAACCUAUUGCAAUGAUUUCCUCGUUUUCGAUUUCUUUAAUUCACGGAGCAUUUUACUGGCGUUAUGCUAUUCCAAAGGUUCGGGCAGCCCUGCAUGAUACCAUUCCAAGA